CAACUUUGUAGAACCUCUUUCUUUCUUUCUUUCUUUCUCUCUCCCUUCCUCAUAAACACUAUACACACUAAGGGAGCAGCCAUGGCUCGUGUUGCAAACAGUGUGUGCACAAGUCCUAAUGAAGAAGAGAAUGAGCUGAGAAAAGGGCCAUGGACGCUUGACGAAGACACCCUGCUCAUAAAUUACAUUGCCAACCACGGCGAAGGCCAUUGGAAUGCCUUAGCAAAAUGUGCAGGAUUGAAGAGGACAGGAAAAAGCUGCAGAUUGAGGUGGCUUAAUUAUCUGAAACCCGACAUCAAGCAUGGGAACCUUACUCCACAAGAACAACUCUUGAUCCUUGAACUCCAUUUCAAGUGGGGUAACAGGUGGUCAAAAAUAGCGCAACAUUUGCCAGGAAGAACAGACAAUGAGAUUAAGACCUACUGGAGAACAAGGGUGCAGAAACAGGCGCGCCAACUUAAUAUUGAGUCUAAUAGCAAGAGGUUUCUUGAUGCGGUUCGAUGUUUCUGGAUGCCGACUUUGCAUCAGAAGAUGGAGCAAACUUCUUCACUUAGUUUAGACCCUUCUUCUUCUUCUUCUCUAAGUAAUUCUCAAAUCUCUGUAGCUCCUUCUCUGUCUCCUCAAACUUACUCAGUUUCUUCUUCUCCACCAAGCAAGGUGGUCUCACACGUAUCUGAUUAUUCCCCAAUUGGAAAUUCAAGCCCAAGUCAUAAUAGUCUUUCCUCGGAUUCUCUUAUUUCACAGCUGCCUCAAAUUCAAGAACAACCAGCAAGUUCAUCCCAUGCCUUUGAAGCUCUAAAUGACAAUUAUUAUGUGGACUAUGACAUGGAGGGUUUUAGCGUUGACCCUGUUUCAGAAAUGGCCUCUUUUGACACUUCACAGUUUGAUUGCCAGACGGCAGAAAGUGAUUGGAUACCAGACAAUUAUAUGACUGACACUUUAUGGAGCAUGCAGGGGAUGUGAUAAUUUGGGGAAAGAUACAAGAUCAGAUGGGGCAUCAAGGUUUAGAAUUCAUAUUAGGAGUCUUAAGUGUGUAUUGUAAUCUAAGUGAUCCUUCCAUCUAUCGGAACAUUUAGUUAUAUAGCUGCAUGCAGCAGAGGUUUUUAGCGGAUGAUAUUCUGUGUUUCAAGUUGUAUGCUUCAAGUUGGAAUGUACUGUCUUUGGAAGAAGACUGUAU